AUGGCUGUGGGAAUCGGAGACCGCACUUGCCAACUGGAAGUAGAUUCCUGCUUACAGGAUUAUUCCCAGGGUUCUGAUGGGUGUGGAAAACCUGGAAAUGUCAAGGAAUCUUUGAAGCUUGCUAGUAAAUGCUCAAUCAUGGACUGCCAGUACAACUGUUCGGUGACUAUGUCUGGUCCAAAGUGCUACUGCAAGAAUGGCUAUGAAGUGGGAGAAGAUGGAAAGACAUGCAAAGACUUUAAUGAGUGUGCCGUGUACGGGACUUGCAGUCAGAUGUGCACAAACUCGGAGGGCUCCUACACCUGCAGCUGUGUGGAGGGUUACCUGCCGCAACUGGACAACCGCUCAUGCAAGGCCAAGAAUGACCCAGUGGAUCGGCUACCGUUCCUCCUUAUAGCCAACUCCCAAAACAUCCAAGCCACCUCUCUGAGUGGAGCAAACCCCAUCACCAUCAACGACAAACAGACCACCACUAUGGACUUCAUCUACGCCCAGGAGACCGUGUGCUGGAUCCACAUGGGCGACUCUCCCACUGCCUCGCAACUCAAGUGUGCCAAGUUUCCCAAUGCCAAGAGCUUCACAGAGGAGAAGACCAUCAACAUCUCCCUCAGCCUGCACCGUAAGAGCACCUUCAUAUCUGUGUGUUUUAUAUCAGUCUCAGCUCUUCAUUUGGGAUGGAAAAUGAUUCAAAGGAACAUAUUUAGGAGGCUUUGA